UAAAAAAAAUUUUAUUAAGGCUGUUCAUUACUUCUGGUUUUAUAAUGGUUUACGCCAAUGAUGAGAGUAGGCCUAAUUCUUAACUUAUCGCUGAAGUCAUAGUCAAGGUUAGGAAACAAACAGAAUUGUUAUGUUUCACGUGCAAAUCUAACUAAUAAAAUAAUAAAGAUAAUAAAAUUAGUAGUAAAGUUAUAAAAAUAAUAAAAUCAAUCAUGUCACAAAAGAAAAAAGUGCUUAUGGUUUGUUUAGGAAAUAUUUGUCGUUCUCCAAUCGCAGAAGCUGUUUUUGAUGAUAAAAUUAAGAAACUUGAUUUAACUAAUCAAUGGGAAGUAAAUAGUGCAGCUCUUAUAGGAUAUCACACUGGUAAAAAUCCAGAUCGGAGAGCUAUGUCUAUAUUAAAACAGAAAGGACUUACAAGUUAUUCUCAUCGUGCUAGACCAAUCACAGUAGAUGAUUUUGAUAAAUAUGAUUGGAUAUUUGGAAUGGAUGUUCAAAAUAUUCAAGAACUAAAUAAAUUAAAACCACAAGGUAGUAAAGCGACAAUUGAAUUGCUUGGAAAAUAUGAUCCACAAAGAGAAACAAUAAUACGUGAUCCUUAUUAUGAUGAUGAUAUCACUGGAUUUGAGAAGGUAUAUGAUCAAUGUGUAAGAAGUAUUACAGCAUUUUUACAAAAGCAAGGCAUAAAGAUGUAGAAUAAUAACUCAACUUAAACCUAGAGAAAAAAAUAUUUAUUUUAAAUAACUAAUUUAUGAGUAUCCUGACAAAAAAUUUAAUGAUAUUUUACUUAUAAGUGAAUAUCAAUUAACUAUAUUAUAAAAGAAAUAAUUACAGACACAAAAAUCAUUUAUAUUAGUGGUACAUAAUAAAAACAUUGCAAUCUUAGAGAAUCGCGAUUCAUAAUUUGCGAACUAUUAAUUUUUAUAAUAUAUAUAAGUAAAUACUACUGUGCUGCAGUCUACUAUGUAUUGUUCUUACCUAACCUUUACAUCUUUACAUCUUACCUAUCUUUACAUCCAUCUUGUAUCUCUUACACUAUCUUUAUCUCAUAAUUUCGUACGACAUGACAGAAAAAAAUAAAGAAAUAGUUGUCGUUCUCCGAUAGCAGAAGCAGUUUUUAAUACAGAAAUUAAAAAAAUGAAUUUAGUUAAUUAUUGGGAAGCAGAUAGUGCAGCAAUUUUAAAAUAUCAUGUA